GCGCUUGCGGGCGCAUUGCUUUGUGGGAAUGCGGAAGUGCUUCAUUACAGAUGAUAGCUACAGAACAGGGGGUAGUAUACAAAUAGAACAAUAACAAAUGAACCAAGGAUGUAUCACACUGUUUCUGAAUAUUCAUCACAGUUUCUGACAUGAAGACCCGACCUGCGGGGAUCGGCAAUGUCAAUGCCGACUGGAUGGGUUCGCUCCCCUGCAAGCUCAGUGCCAUGCCCCUCAAACACCUCGCCGUGCCAGGGUCUCAUGAUUCGUUUACCUACUGGGUGGAUGUACAUGCUCCUGUGGGCCCAGACCAGAAGCCAUAUGUGAAGUACCUGGCCACCAUGUUCAGCGUCUUAGCCAAGAAAGUCAUGGUGAAGUGGUCCGUGACCCAGAAUCUGACAUUUAAAGAGCAGCUGGAUGCAGGAAUUCGCUACUUUGAUCUCCGGGUCUCCUCCAAACCAAGCGAGCGCGGAAAAGAAAUUUACUUCAUCCAUGGCCUGUUUGGCCACAGGGUGAGCGAUGGUUUGUUAGAAAUUAACUCCUUCUUAAGCAGACACAGGAAAGAGGUAGUGUUUCUGGACUUCAACCACUACUAUGCAAUGGGUGCAGACCAUCACAUCUACCUCAUCAACAUGCUCCAGGAAGUGUUUGGCAGCAAGCUUUGUAACAACUGUGCAGUGGAGAGCAUCACGCUGGACUACCUCUGGCAGAAGAAAUACCAGGUGAUUGUGUUCUACCAUCAUCCGUCGGCUCAGGGCAUCCCUGUCAUGUGGCCCGGGAACAAGAUCCCCGCUCCCUGGGCCAACACCACCGAACCCAACAAACUCACACAGUUCCUGGAAACUACACUGAGGGAACGAGCCAAGCAGGGCUCCUUCCACGUGUCUCAAGCCAUCCUCACACCCAGGGUCAACACUGUGGCCAAGGGCCUGCUCUGGGGGCUGCGCAACUACUUGGUGGAGAGAAACCUGCCAACCAUCAUGUCCUGGGUUGAGGCUCAGAAGCCGGGGCUGGAUGGGGUCAACAUCAUCACCUCUGACUUUGUGGAUCUCACGGACUUUGCCAGCAUUGUCAUCAAACUCAACAACCUGCUGUUGUCUGAACCAAGAUGACACAAGUGAAGAAAUGGUUGUAUCAUCAUUUAAAGUACGGAAAGGAGAAGGGGAAACAAGGGCGGAUAUUUGACAGAGAUAUUUAGUAGUUAAAUAUUGAAGUCCUUUGACCUAAGAGAUAUUUGACAGAGGUAUUUCAUACGAGUCACAGCAGAGAAGA